UCAGCCGAAAAAGGCGUUAGUGAUGUCGUUUCACGGGUGGACGGGCUGCGGGAAAAAUUAUCUUGCUUCAAUGAUUGCCGAAAAUUUGUUCAGGAAAGGUGUACAGAGUGACUUCAUUCACAUAUAUAUUUCAACGCUGCAUUUCUCAAAUCCACAGGACAUCCCUCUUUACCAAGCGCAGUUACGGUCUUGGAUACGGGGGAACGUAACAAACUGCGAACGAAGUUUGUUCAUUUUCGACGAGGUGGACAAAAUGCCUGCUAAAGUGAUGGAUGCUAUAAAACCGUUCAUUGAUUAUUACGAUCAUGUUGGAAGUGUUGAUUUUCGAAAAAGUAUUUUCAUUUUUCUAAGUAAUUCUGGAAGUAACGAGAUAGCACAAAAAGCACUUGAGCACUAUACACAAGGAAAAAUACGCGAGGAACUAACACUCGGUGAUAUGGAGGAUGUUCUGAUUGCAAGUGCAUUCAAUACUGAAGGUAAACUGACGCCUCGUUAAAU